AUGGCCGUCUCCGCCGUCGACUCUCGCAUUUUCCGCAACUUAUUCGGAACACAAGAAAUCCGUGACAUCUUUACAGAUGAGGCAUAUGUGGAGUCUCUAAUCGAAGUUGAAGCCGCUUUGGCGCGCGCUGAAUCAACAGUUGGCGUGAUUCCCAUCGACGCAGGAAAAAGAAUUACCGAUGCUUUUGCAAGACUUCAAAUUGAGUACGAGAUCGAGCAGCGGUGUCUUCUUGUCCAGUUCGGCGGUGCGGCGGGCACGAUCGCUGCAUUGGGUGCAGAUGAUACAGGGCUCCGGGUUCGUGAGCAGCUUGCCGCUGAGCUUGGGCUGAAGAAUCCAGGUAUUACUUGGCAUGUUGCGCGGGACAACAUAGCGGAGAUCCUCAACUUCCUGGCUCUGGUGGGUGGCACAUUGGGGAAGAUUGCAUUGGAUGUGAUGAUCAUGUCUUCCAAUGAGUUCGACGAGGUCUCGGAGCCCUUCGUGCCUCACAGAGGUGCUUCGUCCACGAUGCCACAGAAGCGUAAUCCUAUCUCCAGUGAGGUGAUUCUGGCUGCGUCGAAGAUGCUGCGUGCCAAUGCGUCUCUAGGAUUAGAUGCAAUGGUUACCGACUUUGAGCGUGCCUCUGGACCGUGGCAUUUGGAAUGGGUGGCUAUUCCUGAUGCUUUCGUGACUGCGGUGGGCGCUUUGCACCAGACGAAUUUCGCUCUCGGGGGAUUGGUGGUUAAGGUUGACUCGAUGAAACGCAAUCUGUAUUCCACCAAGGGGUUGAUUGUGGGUGAGGCUGUGAUGAUGGGACUGGCACCGCAUUUGGGACGACAAGGAGCUCAUGAUCUCGUUUAUGAGGCUUGCAAGUCUGCCAUCGAACAAAAUCGGAGUCUGCUUGAGGUUCUUGAGGAGGUUCCUUCCUUGGUUGGAAUUGCGACGCCGGAAGAGCUAGCUGCUCUCUGUGAUCCGUUGAAAUAUAUGGGAGCUAGCCAGUUGAUGGUUGAUAGUAUGGUGAGGCGUACAGUUUAA